GAAACCCACUAACCACGGUAUUUGAUGUUAUUUUCAUGUUUAUGGGAGAACGAGAAUCUAACUUAAUUAAGUUAAUGACUUUACUCCUAUACACGGAGAACCUUGAGUGCUCCGGAUGGUUAUGAUGAAAUGAUAAAUUCCAGGGGGAAAAUAUGAAUAUCUGUAAAUCUGUACAAAAUAUUUUCUUAAAUACAUUUGUAUAUCGAAUUCAUUUCUAUUCGAGAUAGGUCAUUUACAUUUAUUCACAUAUUUAUGUUGGCUGUUGAAUCACUAUAACUAUUUGUCAGAAUAAGUAGCUGUACUACCUUUUUUUCUGUUUUAUUUGUCAGAAUAAUUUUAGAUUUACACGUUGACUCAGCCUUGGUAUUGAAUUGGUGAAAUCUCCAGUCAGGGGGAAAAAUUAAUAGUGACCUAUCUUACCAAACAGAAAGUCUGAAACUAAUUAAAUUUCACUAGUUGGCGUCAGAGUGUGGUGCGUUUGUUUGGACAAUUUUUUUUAUAGACAAUGGAAACUUUCCACAAAGAAAAAGUAGAUGUGAAAGACAUAUGUAUUUGGUUUGGCAUUGCAAAAAAAUUCAGCUGAUGAAGUGUAAGUCUUUGUUUUUCUUUUAUGAUCAUCUUGGCAUAUAUAUCAAAAGGAUAGCUUUCUCGUUCCGCAUGAAUAGUCGACAAACUCAUAAGAGUAGUUGAUUUGAGUUUAUAGAUCUUAUGGCGCCCAUAGGGAUUUUUCUAAAUAUAAUAAGUAACGAGGACAUAACUUAACUUAAGAAACAAAAUAUAGUUCAUAAAAUGAUUAAUAGAUUGUUCGUUAAACAAUAAAAAUUUGACCACAUCUCGAGAAACAACUAUAAUGAGUUCGAAACGAGGCAUCAAUCAUAGAUUUCGAAACUUUCGAGAUGCUUCCUUGCGAAAGGAAAGUCAGUUCGUUUUUUUCAUACAUUUCAAAUGAAAUUUUUUUUUUCACCAUUAAACAAACACACCCUAAUUAGUUUCUCCAAAAUAAAAUAAGAAAAAUAAUUUCCUACGUGGACUAUUCAACCCCAACUGGCUCCUCAAACAACUCUAUAAAUUGGCCCCAUUAGGCAACACUUUCCUUCACAUCACAGCUAUCCAAAAAAAAUCACUUGCUAUUGAUCAAGUUAAAUAUUACAAAGCCAAAAAAAACCCAAAAUGAAAGGAGCUAUUGCAAUCCUGGCCACCACUAUGGUACUGUUCAUGUUCGCCGCCGAGCUUAUGAGCCCGGCCGAUGCAGCCUCUUACACCGUCAGUUGGACCUAUGGCGCCGGCAGUUGGCCCUCCGGAAAGAGUUUCAAUGCCGGUGACGUGAUCGGUAAAUCAAAUCAAUACAUAUAUAUUUUUCUUAUCUCAACUAUAUAUACUCGUUUAAUGCACAAAUUUCACUGUUCAAUUCAAUUAUAAGAUUCUUUUUCCUUCUUCUCCUUCUUAUGCCAUAUGUUUGCAUGCAGUUUUCAAAUACCCGAAAGGGAUACACAACGUGGCGGCGGUGAGCUCCGGCGGCUACAGCGCCUGCAGCGCGGCGGGGCGAAGGUUUACGCCUCCGGCAACGACCAGCUGACUCUGGCCAAGGGAGCAAACUACUUCAUCUGCGCCAUAGCUGGCCACUGUCAAGCGAAUCUCAAGAUGACCGUCAAUGCAUCUUAACUCUAUCCAUGGAUAAAAAAAAUAAAUAAAAAAAAGAUGAUCAUCAGCAUAAUAAUGCUACAAGUUAAUAACUUUCAGCUAAGGUUAGUUAUGUGAAAAAAGAUGUAAGCUAAGUUUUCUGUUCUUAUCUGUAACAGUACUCUGUCUAAUAAUAAUGUAGCCAUUUAGGUUUCUUUCUCUUCAUCUAAAAUCCAAGUAUUCGAGCACGCAUGGUUUCAGAAAUGGUGUUGGAAAAUGUUUAAGAACUACAAUUGGUUUCUUAUUAAGAACCAUAAUUUACUGAUGUUUCGAAUUAAUGAAGCUAGCGAUGUUUGCAAAUAAUGGAUGAUUGAGUGUUAUAUAAAGCCCGAGUACAUAUAUAGUAUGCAUCUCAGUAUGACUCGUACUAUUAAGGUAAAAUAUGUAUUGUAUCGUCUUAGCAUAACUAUUGUAUCGUGUGAUAUAUUGUCCGGGCGUACAUCAGAAUAUCCAAUUUUAUCAUGGUAUUAUUCCACGUCAUUGUUAAUCCGAGUCAUCAUCAGCAUGUAUUAUAUAAACUUUCUCACUUGUUGACAAUCCAACUUAUUAUUGAAAUCGACCUCUAUAGCCAGGGACGGACCCAUGCAUUAGCAAGGUGUGUCAACCGACACACCUUGACUCGAAAAUUUUGUGAGAGAUUCAUGUUUCGUUGGUACAAAAAACUUGAAUUUGGGAUUUCUGACACACCUCACAUAAUUGCAAUCGACACACCUUUAAUACACUAUAUUGAUUUUGAUGUCAUAUAGCAAUAGGUACCAAAAUACACAAAUAUAUAUUAUUUAUUUUAAUUUUUAGUGAAAAUGUCGAGAGGAAAAAAUCCACAACCCAUGGCUCACAGUUCUCUGUCCUCUGCUCCACUCUCUAAUUGCUAGCACCUGCCGGUGGAACCUCAUCCUCUUUCAAAUUUUUAAGUUAAAGCUUGUCGCCAGCGUUUAUGCUUUCCAUUUUAUGCUAUGGAGUUAAUCAAGAGCGAACUUCAAAAUCAGUUUUAUGAAUGAAUUUUUACUUUUGUACGUCGAAAAAAGUUAGAUCACAUCAUAAGCGACAAAUAUAUUUUACAGACCUUUCUGAAUAUGAAAAAUUGUCGUGUGUCACUGUGAAAAAUAAUAAAUUACGACCUUAAUGAAUUAAUAUUUUAUUUUAAUUUUUAUUUAAUACAUUUAAUUUAUUAAUUAUCUUUUGUCUGCCGACACACCUAUCAAAGAAUCCUGGGUCCGUCACUGUCUAUAGAGCUAGACUACCUUGUUGGUUUUCUGAGUUAUAUUUGUAGGAAUUUGCUACGGUAACUUGCAAGUCCCUUGAAUUGGACAAAGCGACCGCUCUAAAAAAACAAUCGUCCGGAUGAACAACUUCACACCAUUAAGAUGUCGAAAGCGAUCGACCAUUUGUUGGAAGAGGUCGGGCGUUUUUUGAAAGCAGUGCUCCGUUUUCAGAAGCAGUCCAUCGUUUUACCAUAAGUGAUCGAUCGUUUUCUCCAAGUCACGAUUGUACUUGUAAGUCAACAUUAUUUUUUAUUAUUAUUAUUUUUUUUUAAUUAUUUGUCAUAAUUAGUGAUAUUCUCGUUAGACUCAGUCGCAUCUCGCAUGCAUACACGUACACUCCUCACAUCACAUGCACCAUAUCAAACAGAAAGCGUUAAGUGCAUGUGCAUGGGAACCAAAUGUCAUGCAAAGAGGUAUAUCUAUUAAUCCCUACAGAUGUUCCUAGCCACGAGAUGAGGGGAAUUACUGAGGAAAAAAGGAAGCCUUACAAAAAAUUACCUUAGUUGGUUUGAGAGAAAGAUAAUAAUUAUUACCUUCUCAA